UUUCAAACAAACACACACCAAUAACUUCAUCAUCAACCUUUCUUUCUUACGCAAUUAUAACUUCAACUCCACUCUCUCUCUCUCUCUCUCUCUCCACCUUGAAUGUCGAUCAAUUCAUAGAAGGAGGAGAAGCUCUCUGCUUUGUUGCUUGUCUCUUCCCUCAAAUUGAGAAACAGAGAGAGAGAGGGGGCGGAAACAGAGUUCCUUGAUAAACAAUCGGCUGAUUUGACCUUUCAGUUCUCAAAUCGGCGAACUUGAGCUUCACCCACUCUAAACCAACUUGUGGGUUUUGGUGGGUUUCUCUUAAUUUUCCAGAAUUCGGAGAGAAAAAUCUUGAAUUUUCCCCACAAGAUGUUUUGGUUUGGGUGUGACUGUUUUUACUGGAGCAGAGGAGUCUCCGAGUUUGAUUCGGAACCGUCCGAGCCAAAGCCCUUCUCGCUUCCCUCUCCUCUUCCUCGCUGGCCACAAGGUCAAGGUUUUGCUACUGGAAGAAUAAACCUUGGAGAGCUAGAAGUGGUUAAAAUCACCAAGUUCCACAAACUUUGGAGCUCUGUUUCAUCCCACGGUAAAUCCAAAGGUGCUGCAUUUUACAGGGCCGAGGAAGUUCCACAAGGUUUCCACUGCCUUGGUCACUAUUGCCAGCCAACUGAUAAGCCCUUGAGAGGCUAUGUACUUGCAGCCAGGGCUAGCAAACCCGCCAACGCCGAUGAUCUCCCACCCCUGAAAAAGCCUGUGGGUUAUACUUUAGUUUGGAGUGCAGACUCAGAGAAAAAAAACGGCGGUGGUUACUUCUGGCUACCUAAUCCUCCGGUUGGUUACAAAGCAAUGGGAGUUAUUGUAACACAAGAACCAAAGGAACCUGAAACAGAGGAAGUUAGAUGUGUAAGAGAGGAUCUCACCGAGAGUUGUGAAGCCUCUGAGAUGAUACUUGAUGUAGGUUCUUCCAAGAAGUCAAAUCCUUUUAGUGUAUGGAGCAUCCAACCUUGCGAGAGAGGGAUGAGGUCACAAGGAGUAUCCGUUGGCUCAUUCUUCUGCUGCACUUAUGAACUAUCAUCAAACCAAACGGUCCGUGAUAUCUCAUGCUUAAAGAAUCUUGAUCCAACCUUACACGCAAUGCCGAAUCUCAACCAAGUCCACGCCGUCAUCAAACACUACGGACCAACAGUCUAUUUCCACCCUGAGGAAACCUACAUGCCUUCAUCAGUACAAUGGUUCUUUAAAAACGGAGCUUUGCUGUACCGUUCAGGGAAGGAUUCACAAGGCGAACCGAUCAACUCCACAGGCUCAAACCUACCUUCUGGAGGAAGCAAUGAUCUUGAGUUCUGGAUUGAUCUCCCUGAAGACGAAGAAGCAAAGAGUAACCUCAAGAAAGGGAACCUGGAAACCUCUGAGCUUUACGUUCAUGUAAAGCCAGCGCUCGGUGGGACGUUCACCGACGUUGCGAUGUGGAUCUUCUGCCCCUUUAACGGCCCAGCAACGCUCAAGAUCGGUCUCUUCACUCUGCCUAUGACCAGAGUAGGAGAACACGUCGGUGACUGGGAGCAUUUCACUUUCCGUGUGUGUAACUUCUCCGGGGAGCUUUGGCAGAUGUUCUUCUCUCAGCAUAGUGGAGGCGGUUGGGUUGAUGCGUCUGAGGUUGAGUUUGUUAAAGGCAACAAACCGGCGGUUUACUCGUCUAAACACGGACACGCUAGCUUCCCUCACCCUGGGAUGUAUCUCCAGGGCUCGUCCAAGUUUGGGAUUGGUGUGAGGAACGAUGUUGAGAAGAGUGAGUACGUUGUGGAUUCUAGCCAGAGGUAUGUGGUUAUAGCAGCUGAGUAUUUAGGUGUGGCUGAGCCGUGUUGGUUGCAGUAUAUGAGAGAGUGGGGGCCGGUGAUAGAGUAUGAUUCAGGGUCUGAGAUUGAUAAGAUCAUGGAUCUUCUUCCUUUGGUUGUUAGGUUCUCGAUAGAGAACAUUGUGGAUUUGUUUCCAGUUGCUCUGUAUGGAGAGGAAGGUCCCACGGGGCCGAAGGAGAAGUAUAACUGGGAAGGAGAUGAGCUUUGUUGAAGUCUCUUUUGCUAAGUGUUGUAUUGUGUCUGAUACAGUAAUACUAGUUUUAGGGUGUUGUGGUUGUGGUGGUUUGUAUAUGAUGAUGUUUAAAGUCUCUCCCCAAAAAAAAAGAAUGUAUCACUACUUUGUUGUUUUGUUUCUAUACAAACUUCAUGUACAUGAGUGGCAUGAGGUUGCUAUAUUCUACAUGUUUAUGUAA